GCCGUGUUCAAAUUUCGAACAGUUGAAUGCGUAUUGUAACUGUUUGGCGGCGAAAUUUACCGCGCCACGCGACGUUGCCAGUUCGCGCUGGUUCAGGACUUAGGAGGUUCCCCAGGUAAAGAAAACACACUGGCUUCAACUAACUCAACAACAGCUAUGUCAGUCCCAAAUGGCCAGGAAAUGAUGCAAGGGGAAAUGAACCUGGUUAUUUGAGAAAGAGAGUCCAAUCCGGAGAGCAGGACGGAGAACAGUACUAUGCUAAAGGAGAGAGAGAGUUCAGAAGGGUCGCCUGCUACCCCAGACGAGUGUGCGGGAUGCGGAGGCAGGAUACAAGACAGAUAUUACCUGUUAGCGGUGGAUCGCCAAUGGCACGGCUCCUGCCUCCGCUGUUGCGAAUGCCGUCUGCCUUUGGAUAGUGACCUGACCUGCUUUUCGAGGGACGGAAAUAUAUAUUGUAAGGAAGACUACUACAGACUUUUUUGCGUGAAGCGGUGUGCGCGAUGCGGUAAUGGUAUCACCGCGAACGAACUCGUAAUGAGGGCGCGUGACAUGGUCUUCCAUCUUACCUGCUUCACGUGCAUCGCCUGUGGUUCGUUGCUUUCAAAGGGUGACGUCUUCGGUAUGAGAAAUGGCCUGAUAUACUGCAGGCCGCAUUACGAUAGCGCCUGUAUGGACGAAUACUGUGAAGACGAGAUGACAAGCGUUUACAGAUGUCAAGAUUUACACAGUGAGGGAGAUUCGCCUAAUCAAUAUUACACUGGAGGGCCGAGUCAAAAGGGUCGACCCAGAAAGAGAAAAGUACCUCAGGGUUCGCCAGAAGACAUGCAAGUCCAGACCAUGAGGAUGGCUAGCACAGCAUUAGAAAUACUUCAUCGCGGUGAUCUGUCCUCGUCAAUGGAAUCACUUGCUUACGAUUCCUCGGUAGCGUCGCCGGGCAGCGUCUCGAGUCACACUCAACGCACUAAGCGCAUGCGUACAAGCUUCAAACACCACCAGCUACGCACGAUGAAGUCUUACUUCGCAAUAAAUCAGAAUCCGGAUGCGAAGGAUCUUAAGCAACUCGCCCAUAAAACUGGCCUAUCCAAGAGGGUAUUACAAGUUUGGUUUCAAAAUGCUCGUGCAAAAUGGCGUCGUAAUAUGAUGAGACAAGAAUCAAAUCAACAUGGACCGAUGACGCCCAAUGGAAAUUCUGCACAUACCUCGAACGGAAGCCUGGUCGGCAGUGCUGUUGCUCCACCGAAUGUAGGACCAGGAGCCCUGAUAAUGUCUGAAGCAUUGCAACCGAUGGAGGAUAUCAGGGUACAUACUCCACAUCCUAUGAGCUUCAGCGAGAUGUAUUGACAGUCAAAAUAAAAGUCAACGUGAAUGUGGUUCAGAACGCCUGAUUCUUUUAUAUAGCAUCCGUAACAGCCUGUGAAUGUCCCACUGCUGGGCUAAUAUUUUCCUAAAUCCGGAAUUAUUAUGACCGGAUGACGGAAUUACCUUGUUGAUUUUCGCACUGCGGACUAGUCCUUAACAGAAAAUAUCCAUAAGUGAUAUAUUUUUUCUAUCCUAUAAAUACGAAUGAACUUUUAUUUAAAAGUAUCAAUAUAUUUUAUGCUUA